AUGGCUGCCUUCACAUUCUCAUCGGCAGUGCCCUUCCUUCACUCCCAUCGGAUUUUCUCAAAUUGUUAUCCUUCCGGAAAUACCUUUCUCAGUUCCUUCUAUUCUCGUCCCUACCCCGCCGUUAUCUCUUCCUCCGGACGCCGUAGUCUCAGAUCGCCGCUCAAUCGUCGCCGUCCGAGCGUCGUCGUAUCGGCGCUGAAGAAGCUGUCCGAUUCCGAGCUGGUGGAGGUAUCUUUCGCUUCCGAUGGUAUAUUACCCUCCGGGGCCGGCGUCUACGCCGUCUACGAUGGCGACGGCGAGCUUCAGUUCGUCGGCAAAACGCGGAACCUCGCUGCCAGUGUCCUCACUCGUAAGAAAUCGGUGCCGGAGCUCUGUUUCUCCGUGAAGGUCGCGGAGGUAGAGGAUCCCGACAAAAACGCGCUAACCGAAGCAUGGAAAUCGUGGGUGCAAGAGCACAUAGACUCAACGGGCAAAGUCCCACCGGGAAACGAACCUGGAAACUCAAUGUGGGUCAGAAAUGCCCCACAUAGAAAGGCCAUCCUCGAGGGCCAAGGGGUGGAUUAUGAAAGUGUGGACGUGCUUGAUGACGAGCAUAAUCGAGGGCUUGGGGAGACUUUAAAGAGAUUGGUGGGAAAAGUAGCAUUGGUGACUGGUGGGGCCAGCGGCAUAGGCGAGAGCAUCGUGCGCCUGUUCCACGGACACGGCGCCAAGGUCUGCAUAGCCGACAUCCAAGACAACUUGGGACAGAGCUUGUCCCGCGACUUGGGCCCACACGUCUCCUUCAUCCACUGUGACGUCACUGUCGAGGACGACAUCAGCCGGGCCGUCGACUUCGUCUCCCAACGUUUCGGGCCCCUCAACAUCAUGGUCAACAACGCGGGCAUCGGGGGCCCUCCCUGCCCAGACAUCCGUGACUGCGACCUCUCGGUUUUCGAGCACACAUUCGACGUGAACGUGAAGGGUGUGUUCCUCGGGAUGAAGCAUGCGGCCCGGGCCAUGAUCCCAGCCCGGAAGGGCUCGAUAGUGUCUUUGAGCAGCGUGGCGAGCGUGAUUGGGGGGGUGGGCCCGCAUGCGUACACGGGGUCGAAGCACGCGGUCGUUGGGCUGACGAAGAGCGUGGCGGCCGAGCUGGGGAAGCACGGCGUACGGGUCAACUGCGUGUCGCCCUACGCGGUUGCGACGGGGCUGGCGCUGGCUCACCUGCCGGAGGAGGAGAGGACGGAGGACGCGUGGACCGGGUUCAGGAACUUCGUGGGGGCCAAUGCGAAUCUGCAGGGGGUGGAGCUGACCGUGGAUGAUGUGGCGAAUGCGGUUCUUUUCUUGGCGAGUGACGAGGCGAGGUAUGUGAGUGGGGUCAACCUCAUGGUCGACGGCGGGUUCACGUCGUCCAAUCAUUCGCUUCGGGUUUUCAGAUGA